AUGGGCAUCGGCGUGAAUGAAGACGAGCUGGCAGUGUCCGUUGAGAAGUCGCCGGUAAAAGCAGGAAUUCCGGAGAAGUCCGCCUCCAUACAAAGCGAUUACCUGAGCAACGGCGCGAAGCGGCUGGACGAAAUGAGUCUGCAUACUCAACGGAAGAUCAUCAUCCACAUGAAGGAGGAACGAGUGCCGGUCAGCGUCGGCAUCGUCACCGUGCUGCUGUUCAUUCUCGCCGGAGCCGUGCUGUUCGCUGUCUGGGAGGGAUGGAACGUUUUCGACGGAGCCUACUUUUCGUUCAUUACCUUGACUACGAUCGGCUUUGGUGAUAUGGUUCCGGGGAAAUUUUUGGACAGCGGCUCUGAAGAGAAGCUAAUCAUAUGCUCCUUGUAUCUGUUAGUUGGAAUGGCGCUUAUUGCGAUGUGCUUCAAGCUGAUGCAGGAUGAUGUGGUAAAGAAGACGAGAUGGUUGGGCGAAAAGAUUGGUUUGCUUGUUCAGCAAGAACCCUACGACGACGAAGAAUCUGAUGGCCAAUAUCAAGAAGAACGCUUCAGUGUUGAAGACACUGAAGAGAUCAGCAAUGUCAGGCCGACGUUUUCCAUCAGUUCAGGAGAUACGAAGGUUGUUUGA